AUGCACCCAACACCACUCCGGCUCUUACGCCAAUCGACUGUGGCCCAUUUCCACCCGUCGUCCCUAUCGCACCUCAAACUCCUCGCCUUGCCCCUAACCCGUCUCCCAACCAAGGACCAUUCCCCCUCCUUCCUCCUUCAAGCCAAACGACUUCAACCUAUACCCUCCGAAUCCCCCUCGGCCCAAUCACCCACAUCAGGGUCCUCGUUGGGGGAGGGCCAGAAAGAAGUGGGCAAGAGACAGUUGUCGUAUGUGACGAGGGCGACAUUAUGGGCCAGUGGGACGUGGGAAGGGUUCGGCAAGGCGGACGAGGGGACUUGGAAGAGGAGGGCUUAUGUAGGUUCUUUUUUUGGGGGGGGGGGAGUGAUGGGGUGUUGAAGCUUGCUGAUGGCGUGGUUUGGUUUGGCUGGCUGGCUGGCAGGUUAUUGGAGCGAGGUUCAUGGACAAGAUCGAGUUUGAGGUGAGCGAUCGUCAAAAGACACGGACGGUUCACUCCUCUCACAAGUCGAAGAUCCCUACAGAGACAUUGCGAGAGCUUGUAUCGAAAACUAAUCGGCUUUUAAUCAUGUUCCACAGGAAUGGGCAUUAAAGGCGAUCGACCCCGCCCUAUCCCCUAAACCGUGGGCAGCCAUCAAAGCAGGUUCCGACGGUGUCGCCGCAAGAAGACAAGAAGACAAAGUACGCCAGCGUCGCCAACUAUUACGCAAACGAGGAUUCCAACUGAUCUUCAUUGCGAUGGUGCGCAUGUCGUACAGGUCUCGUUGAUCUACCCCUCGUCGAUCCUCAAAGAGCCCGAGUUGAAAGAAUCGUUAAGGAAGCAGUUGGACCAUCGGGAACCGUUGCAUAAGAAGGCCAUGUAUAAAUGCAUCUUGUGAGUUUGGUGAUCAGGGUCUGUGCUGCGUUGGGAUGAGGCUGAUGUAGAUCGUUGGCAUUCGUUGGGCAGAUUCGCACCCUUGACUUUUCCAUUCGCGAUCAUUCCGGUCGUACCAAAGUGAGCUGACAUUCGUGCGACUGGAUGCACCAAUGAGGUCUAUUGCUGAUCCGAUUGGAGGGAUGUCGUCUUCGCACAGCUUCCCGUAAGCUUCGUUGAACGCGGAUGUGUUGCAGCCAUAUACCGUCUACUCACUUUCGAGCCUCCCUUGUCUUUCACCACCGCGCAGUCUCUUCUACGUUCUCUGGCGAGCAUGGUCGCAUUACCGAGGUAAGCUCGAGAGCAGUACUUUACCACAUUGCGACUCGAUCCAGCUCACAAUCACUUGUUUCAUCUUUCUCAAACAGCAUGGAAAGCCUCCCAAUACCUCUCGACCCUCCUCUCGACCUCGCAGUUAUCCCUAACCCCCUCCAAAGAACUUGACAAGAUUUACUCCUCCACCUCCACCUCCACUUCUUCCACAACUUCAUCAGAGAAUCAAGUCGUCCUCACCAUGUCCAAAGUCCCCGAAAUCGUUCGGACGUUCGGUUUGUCGGGUGAGGAAGAGGGCGAGUUGAAGAGGGCUGUCGUACAGUGCGAAUUGAGGGUCAAACAGUUGAAUGGGGAGGGGGAGGCAAAACAGGGGGGGAAGAAGGAAUAG